AUGAUAGCUCUCCGUAUAAUCUUUUUUGUUAUACUUAUUAUCAUCUGGAAAUCAUACAAUGCUCUAUCAACGAAUCCGACAAUUAAGCUAUCCGGUGUUCAGAACAGUGUCCAGUUAAGAGUGAAGCCAGAUGAAGAGUUCAAAAUCCGAGUACUCGGAAAGAACCUUCCGGGUCGUGGAUUUUUCUUCACAUCCGCCACGACGUGCGCAGAUGCAUUUAUUCCUAACAACGAAAAAAUAAGUACGAUACAUGCCAUUGUCGAUGAGACUUUUUGCUCAUCUGCUAUUCUAAAAUUUCCUCAAGGACUCCCAUUCAAAGUAUCCAAAACGUAUCAUUUGUGUCAUGAGAAAGGAAACGCCACUUCGGAGCAUUUUCUAACGAUAGGAGCAGUAGAUGUGCUCGGACAGAAAUAUGGAAUGGAUGUUAUAAUUCUUUGUUGCUUCUGUAUUCUGAUGUCUGCGUAUGCUGCGGGAAUGACACUUGGAUAUAUGAAGUUUUCAAUUGUUGAGUUGAAUACGAUGAUCAAUGGAGGAGAUGCAGCGUUGGCGAAACGUGCUAGAAGAAUUCUGAAUCUUCGUCGUCGAUCCAACUAUCUUGUCACCUCCUUUUCGCUCUUCUCUUCGAUUUUUACAGUAUUGUUUACGACAAAUGUGGAACAGAUGUUGAAAGGAGCACCGAAUCAAUCGAUUCUGAAUGUUGCUGUACCAGCGUUGAUAAGUCUGGUAUUUGCAGAAAUGAUUCCACAAGCGAUCUGCAAUAGCAAACUUGGUUUCAAUUUAGCAUCCGGUCUCUGGUUUAUCAGCUAUCUCAUCUUCAUCGUUACGUUUCCAGUUGCCUACCCGGUAUCACUAGUUUUAGGUCGAUUUCUAAAACGCGAUGUCCGAGAAGUACUGACGGAAGAGGAGAAGAACUGCAUGAUUCAGAAUAUGGCAAAAAAUGCGAAUGAGAAAGUAAAAACCAUUCUGGAAAACGCAACAACAUUCACUAACAAGAAAGUUGGCGAAUUGAUGGUACCUAUCGAAGAAGUGUUCAUGUUAUCAAAGUCUCAAAAAUUGAAUAGAUCGGUUAUUGGAUACUUGAUUUUAACAAUAUUGACACUGAUCGAGAAGGGAUAUACUCGUGUUCCUGUAUACCAUGAUAAGAACAGAAAUACUAUAGUUGGAUUGUUGAAUGUAAAAGAUUUGAAUCUGGUAACAUGUCAGUUGAGUGUUGAGCCAAUGGUCAAAGAAGUAUUGGAUAAGUUAGAGAAGCUGAAAGAGGCCAAAAAAAAAGUGAAGUUCAUGGCGAAAUACGUGAAUAUCGAUAUGAAUGCACAACUACUUUUGAAUCAAAUGAGAACUGGAGAUUUCCACUUUGCAUGUGUGGUGAAAUACGCUUCUUAUGAGUAUGUCUUGAUAUUUAAGAGAAGAUUCGAAAUUCUACUUCUUUCCAGUUCCAAAGUGAUAGGAAUCAUUACAAUCGAGGACAUCUUAGAAGAGCUUUUUGGAAAAAUCGACGAAAAUAACGAGAGAAAAGUUCGUUCUUCGAUUGAUGAUCGUGCUGACAAUGCAGUUAUUGGAUGGUGUCGCGAAGCUGGAACCGAUUCGAACUAUCCAUUACCCUUUUCUCAACAACUACGCAUUCUACAGUAUCUUCUGAAAGAGUGUCAAGUGUUGAAAAGUUUAGACAUUGGUAUUCUGAAAGCAAAGCAAAUACUGAUGUUGAAUAGAAUUCGAACUUUCCAUAAGGGACAAGAACUUCCACUUGAUGAUCUGUUUAUCGUCAUUUGGAAAGGUGAUGUUGAGGUGACAAAUGCAGAGGGAGAAACCUCAUAUGAAAGCAUCAGUGCCCCUCCGUUAUGGUUAGUUUCAGACAAUUUAAUUUUUAUCGGUAUCGAUUUAUUCAGCAAUUCGAAUGAAAAAGAGGUUGAAGAAAAGAAGCCUUCUGUUCCAGUAUUAAUCAUUGGCAAGAAGUUGUUGAAUAAAGUCAUGAAGAGUUUGGGCAGUCCAUUCCUAGAGCCACUCAAAUCGUCGGAUAACGUCAAGCGAGUUGUGGUGCUUCGAUUGGAAGAUUUAUUGAAUGCAAUCAAUGGAUGUGUACAGGCAACGAAAAAUGAGAACGCGAACGCAGGAGACAGCUUGAUUCAACGUCUCAACUCUCGCCAAUCUACUCCAGUGAGUACAACCCCUAUAACUCGAACGCCAUCUAAAGCAGCGGAGCCGAACCCUUCAGAAGACGUUAAGCCACUUCUCAAUUAG